AUGGUUUCAAUUGUUAGGUGUGGGGUCAGGUCUUUUAUUUCUUUUUUGGCUUUUCCCUUUUUCUUUCUUUUCCAUUUUUUCCUUUUUUCUCUUUACCCCUUUUUCUUCUUUCUUUUACUGCUUUUUUCUUUCUUUCCAUUUUUCUUUCUUCCAUUUUUCUUUCUUUUUUCUUUUCCUAUUUUCUUUCUUUUUCCUUCACUUUUGCCUUUCCUUUUUUCUUUCUUUUUCUUUUCUUUGCCUUUUUCUUUUUCCUCUUUUCCUUUUUCUUUUUUCUUUCCUAUGGCUUCUUCUUUCUAUUGCCUCCCUUUCUUUUGUGUUUCUCUCUUUUUCUUUUUUCUUUCUUUUGCCCUUUCUAUUUUCUUUUCCUCUUUUUUCUUUUUCUUUUUCUCUCUCACUUUUCCAUUAAUUUCCCAUUUUUUCUCCAUUUUUCUUUCAUUUUCUUUCUUUUACUUUUCCACCUUUUUCUUUUCCGUUUUUCUGUCUUUUUCUUUUUCCUUUCCUUUUCGGAUUUUUUCUUUUUUCUUUUUUUUUCCCAUUUUACUUCCUUCUUUUUCCCAUUUUCUUCUUUUUCCUUUACUUUUCCUUUUCCUCUCUCUCUUUCUUUUCCUUUUCCUCUCUCUCUCUUUCUUUUCCUUUUCCUCUCUCUCUCUCUCUUUCUUUUCCUUUUCCUCUCUCUCUCUCUCUUUUCCUUUUCCUCUCUCUCUUUUCCUUUUCCUCUCUCUCUUUUCCUUUUCCUCUCUCUCUUUUCCUUUUCCUCUCUCUCUUUUCCUUUUCCUCUCUCUCUUUCCCUUUUCCUCUCUUUUCGUUUUCCUCUCUUUCUUUUACCCUCUUUCUUUUUCUUUUUCCUCUCUCUCUUUCUUUUUCUUUUUCCUCUCUCUCUUUCUUUUCCUUUCCUCUCUCUCUCUCUUUUCCUUUCCCCUCUUUCUUUCUUUUCCUUUUCCUCUCUCUCUCUCUCUCUCUUUUACCCUCUCUCUUUUCCUUUUCCUCUCUCUCUUUUCCUUUUCCCCUCUUUUUUUCCUUUUCUUUUUUCUUUCCUAUGGUUUCUUUGUUUUUCCCUUUUUCUAA